UUGUACUUAUAACACUGGAAAUCUAUCACAUUUAAUAAUGAAAUUUUAAGUAACGAUCUCGAGCAGUGAUGGUGUUUCAGGAAAUUGUGCAGCUGACGGCAGUGAACUGGACUUUGCUUUUGUUUUAUGGCUCUGUGCUGCUGAUGUGUUGACGCCCAGUGAUCACUUUGUUUGCUCGGGUCUGCAGUCGCUUCAGGCCGUGCGUCCGACGGGAGUGGGGGGAAAAAGAGAAGAAAGUGAUAGAUUUGCCUUGACCUUUUCUGUUCUUUUAAGAGAUGUCUAGGUACCACAAAGCAGCGAUUGAUGGAUACUUGGACCUCUUGAAGGAGGCCACGAGGAAGGACCUGAACACUGCGGAUGAGGAUGGCAUGACUCCCACCUUACUGGCUGCUUUCCAUGGACAUGUCGAUGCUCUUCAGCUCAUAUGCAGCAGAGAAGGAGACCCCAAUAAGAGUGACAUCUGGGGAAACACACCGUUGCAUCAUGCUGCGGCUAACGGCCACAUGCACAUCCUCAGCUUUCUGGUCAACUUCGGAGCCAACCUUUUUGCACUGGACAAUGAAUUCCACACAGCGAUGGAUGUUGCUGCUUCUCGUGACCGCAUGGACUGUGUACGCUUCCUAGACGCUUCCGCCUCGCAGCAGACCAACCAAAACCCCAAGAAGGUCGCAAAUCUAAAGAAGGAGGCCAUCAAAGAAGCAGAGAGGCGUGUGAAACUCUGUGAGAAGGUGAAGAAGAAACACCAGAGCAAGAUGGAUAAAAUGCACCGUGGAGCAGGCAGUACUGGGUCUGUCUCAGAGGCCAGCAUGGCAUCAGCACUCUCAAACGGUGGUACCGUGACCAGCGUCAAUGAGCAGUUCUCCAGGCUUAUUGCUGUUGAUAAAUCUGGCUCUCUUUCAGCCAGGGUUAAAGGCACACUCCAGAGGAAGCUCGGGAAGAAAGAUAAAGGCACGCUGCAGAGAUCAGGAGGGGAUGGGAACGUUAUUUUCCUCAAACAAGAGAGUGGAGAGUCUGAGAAGCCAGAGUUUCUGGAUGUCUUCAAUGAGCAGGAUGAGAACAUGUUAGACGAAGAAGAAACGGCAGGCUUCGAGGAUGAUGACAACAAAGAACCAGGCGCAGUCAAGCAGUCCAUCUUCAACCGGCCCGGCCUUGGAGGUCUGAUUUUCAUGAAGAGGAUGGGGCUGGAGGCAGAGGACAUCCCCAGUGGGAACAACGAAAGUCUCGGCUACCUCAUUCAGAACGAGUUGUUUGAUGCAGGUGAAGACGCUGCUGGCUUUGAGGGGAAUGGUGAUCUGCCCUGGGAUCAGGAAGAUCUGGGACUGGAUGAUGAUGAAGAUGAGGAAACCUCUCCUUUAGAUGCGUUCCUGUCUGCCAUAUCCUUGCCAGAGUUCACCCUUGCCUUCAGCAGAGAGCACCUGGACCUGGAGGCGCUAAUGCUUUGCUCUGACGAAGACCUGAAAGGCAUUCGCAUCCAGCUGGGCCCCAGGAAGAAGAUCUUGGAAGCGGUUGCUCGCAGAAAGAAUGCACUGGAGACACCUGGCGUCAUGAAGGACAGCUGCCUGUGAUCUUAAAGAACAUGAACAGUGAUUUAUAAUAAAAUGAGGCAGUAUCUUUUGUAAAUAAAACCAAUAGUUUGAUUUUCUGUAUAAAACAAAGAUGAUUCUAUCUAAACUAUUUCUCCAACAACAAUUUCCACAAUUCAGUGUGAUCAAACUUCUACUCUAUGACCGUGGAACAACACCUUCAAUACUCAGUAUAAUGAAUGAUAUAACCAAUUAUUAAUUACAAACAGCGUGACAGGAGUGUCAGGACCUACAAUAUGGAGGAAAGUCCUUUAGUUGACACAGGGCUGCACAAUGAAAUGUAAGUUUUAGCCUCUUCAUGCUACACGGAAACAGAACAUAUGCACAAAUAUUUGAAUUUAGAAUAGAAUAAAAUAAAAUAACAAUAUAUACAGUUAUGUACAUAUUUUGCCUGUAGGCUACAUGUAUACACCCAGAAAGUAAUAAUACUAUAGUGCAUUUUUUAAAUUUGUUUUAAAUUAGUGGUAGAAUGGGUUGUCCACCAAUCAGAAGGUCUGCGGUUCGAUCCCGGCUUCCCCCAGCCCACAUGUCGAAGUGUCCUUGGCAAAAUCUAACAAACAAGACACUGAACCCCAAAUUGCUCCCGAGGGUGCCAGCUGGACUGGCUGGGUGGUCGGAAGAUGCCUUGGGCAGUGAUCUGCCCAGGAUGUGCUGCACUUAAUCCAUUAUUCCUGUCAUAGAUUAUUUGUGCUUCAGUAAUAACAGUGAAGUGAAAACCCCCCAAAUUAAAACAAAAAUGUAGCAAAGUUUGAUGGCCACAUCUGCACGUGCUGCCAUCGCCAUGGAGAUGAUAUCAGUAAUAUUGAUAAUAAUUGAUCAAUCAAUGUCAACAAUAGCCUCCACAAAUCUGGUUGAAAAAGAAAAUUAUAACACACAUGUCCAGCGACUCGAUCUUAAAUCCACAAUAUAUCACUGUGUAGACAAAAACAAGAGAUGUUUUGGUACAGAAUCACAGGAUCAGUGGCUGAUUUGGUUGUGCUGUUUUAUGUUUUUUAAUUAUUAUUUUGACUGUUGACAACAUAAUUGUCAAAUAAAUAAAA